UUCUCUCUAUCCCACUCUAAUCACACACACACACACACACUCAAGCGAACACGUACGCACCAUCUGUCUCCCUCACACACACCCACAACUUCGACCAACUGGACCAAUUAAAUGUUUAUGGAUAAAACAACAAAAACAAAAAGGAGGAAAGCAUACCAAUUAAACCAAAUCUAAAUAAAACAAUUUUCGUUUCUUGAGGCAAAAAACAAAAAAAAAAAACAGAAGGAAAAACUCUCAAACUUGGAAAUAUUUUUCAAAUUUCGGAAAACCCGCAAAAAAAUAUAUGACAGUGUUGUAAAACAGUCCCAAAUCAAAUAUUUCGGUGUGCAAAAAGUAAAAAAAUAUUUGAAAAAGACGCAAGCGAAAAGUCACAGAUCAGUCAACAAGAACAACCAACAACUGCAGCGACAACCAGCAACAAUACCAAGCUAGAAACAACAACAAAUACAACAACAAACACAACAAAAGCAACUGCAACAAACAACAAUACAAAAUCGACGAAGACGACGGCCCCCGACAAAAAUCAAUUGGAAAAUUGAAACUUAUGGAUUGCUGGACGGGUAACGCCCGACUGGCGAGUGUUUUAGUUUAAGCAGCGUAAGCUGUCACCGACAUGGGCAGUGAGCACUACUGCUUGAGGUGGAACAAUUACCAAUCCAACCUGUUAGGGGUGUUUAGUCAAUUACUACAAGACGGGAGCCUGGUGGACGUCACACUAGUUUGUUCAGAGGGCACAUCCAUCAGAGCCCAUAAGGUGGUCCUCUCGGCUUGUUCCUCGUACUUCCAGAGCCUGUUCCUGGAGCACCCCGAAAGACAUCCAAUUGUGAUAUUGAAGGACGUCCGUUUUGCCGAGCUGCAAACCUUAGUUGAAUUCAUGUACAAGGGCGAGGUGAACGUGCAAUAUUGUCAGUUGUCCGCGCUGCUCAAGACAGCCGAAUCCCUCAAGGUCAAGGGCCUGGCCGAGAUGACGAACCAGAACACGACGCUGCGCGAACCGGAACGGGAACCGGACCGCUUGCGUCCGCAGGGCGGCGGCGGCGGCAGCGGCGGAUCCGCUCACAAGGCGGCCGACAGUCCGGCGGCCGCGCUCGAUGCCACAGCGGCCACACAGGCGGCGACUGCCACGGCAACGGCCACUGCCGCGGCGGCAACAUCGACCUCAACCUCAGCAACAUCUGCGGCGGCAACGGCAGCGGCAGUAGCAGCAACAGCAGCAACAUCUGCAUCCACAACGGCAACAGCGGCGGCGGGGAGUAGUAGUACAACAACUACAACGGCGGCAACCACAACAGCAACCUGUGCCACAGCAACCACAUCCACGGCAGCAACAUCCUCAUCAUCGUCGGUGACAUCAGCAGCAGCAGCAGCAGCCGCAGCAGCAUCUGGUGUUGCGCACUCAGAGGAGGCGACCUCGUCAUCAUCGUCCACUGGGGGGCAGAAGCGGGAGGCUAGCGAUCGCAGCAGUCCCACGCCCGCCAAGCGAUCCUCGCGAUCGUUGCAUCCGACGGACAAGGAGGAUGUGGCAGAGGAUCGGGAGCGGGAUCGUGAUCGGGAUCGGGAACAGGAGCAACACCAGGCGGACGAGCUGCUGAGCGGUGAGCUGCUCGGUCGCAACUUAAAGGACGAGGAGGAGGACGAUGUGGAGGAGGUGGAUGAGCUGGAUGAGAACGAUGAGACGCUGCUGCGGGAGCGCGACGAGGACGAGGACGACGAGGAUGAGGAGGAGGACACGCCCAUGCCGCUGGAUCUCUAUCAAAGACCAAAUGUCGAGCCAAAAAGCGCCGCCGCAGCAGCAGCAGCAGCAGCAACAGCGCAGCAGGGCGGCAGCAACAGUCUCAGCGGCAGCAGCAGCACCUGCCACACCAACAGCAGCAGCAACAACAAUAAUAACAACAACUCCAGCAGCAACAACAACAACAACAACACUAGUAGUGGGAAAACCUCAGCGGCCAGCAAUGGCGGCACAGCGACAACCGGCGGCACAGCGGACUCCGUGGUUGCGGUGGACGACGAUGACGACGACGAUGGCGAUCACCACCACCAGCGACAGGUGAUCAACGAUCGGCUGGAGCAGGAUGUGGACGAGGAGGACAUGGACGAUGAUGUCGUGGUGGUGGGCCCGGCCACCGCAAUGGCCAGGGGCAUUGCCCAGCGGCUGCAGCGUCUGCAUCACACGCACCACCAUGCGCCGCACCACCAGCACUCGCAGCACCAUCACCAGCACCAGCACCAUCCGCAGCAACAGCAACAGCACCACCACCAUGCGCCGCACCACCAGCAGCAUCAUACGCACUCGGAUGACGAGGAUGCCAUGCCCGUGAUUGCCAAGAGCGAGAUCCUCGACGAUGACUACGACGAUGAGAUGGAUCUGGACGACGACGAUGAGGCGGACAACAGCAGCAACGAUUUGGGUCUCAACAUGAAGAUGAGCAGCGGUGCGGGCGGUGGCGUCGAUCUGUCCACCGGCUCCACACUGAUACCCUCGCCAUUGAUCACCUUGCCAUCCUCAUCGGCAGCGGCGGCGGCAGCUGCAGCAGCAGCGGCGGCCAUGGAAUCGCAACGCUCCACGCCGGCCAUGUCAGCGGCGCAGGCAGCCGGAGCGGGCGCUUCGGACCUCAGUAUUGGUGGCUCCGGCGGUCGACCGGCGUCCAGGAGCUCACGCGACGGCGGCGGCAACGAUGGCGGCCGGGGAGGAGCGUCCUCCUCCAGCCUGCUGAGCCCGGGAACCGUGGCCAAUCUGCUGCCCGUGCAAUCGGUGCCAUUGAGCCUCAAGAAGGAGAUCGAUUGCAGCGAGGACGACAACAGCAGUCACAGCAGACACAUGCAACAGCGUUCGGCAUCAGCUGGCGGCGGCCUGGGCGGCGACCUUGACUACCGCGCCUCCCACGAGUCGCUGCUCCGCAACUUCAGCUCCCCGAUGAGCGCCAUGGCCGCCAGUCGCUGCCCCACACCCUUCGCCUUCCCCUUCUCCCCACUCGGCCUGAGCCUCUUCGACAUCGAUCCGUCCAGAAUCCUCAGCCUGCUGCACCACCAAACCUGGUUGGCAGAGGAGGCUCUCAGGACACGUGGCCUGUUGGCGGCGCCAAAGGACUUUCCGCACCGCUUCACCACACUCAGCGACCUGCUGACCAAGGACUACCAGCCGCUGGCCACGGCCACGGCGACGGCGACCACCGCCUCCUCCUCGACCAGUCAGGUGAGUGCCAGCCGAGCCGGCGACACUCCGUACAAGCACGCCGCACAGCAACCGCAGCAACCUCAGGGAUCUGGUGUCGGUGGUCUGGGUGGCAGCCAGGCGACCGGAGCGUCUUUCAAUCUGCGCUAUCCCACGCCCACCGCCUUCUACCAGCAGCAACAGCAGCAACAGCAGCAGCAGCAGCAGGGUAAGGGUGCCAAGUCGUCGCCUUCGCCGCAGCAAAUGGCCACCAGCUCCACGACGGUCAUGUCCAACGAUUCUGGCGAGGAUAGCUGCAAGCGCAGCUCGGCGGACAGCGAUGAGGUGACCAUCAUGGAGCUGCCCAGCGAGCGCAGUGCCCAGCUGUACAAGGAGUCGCUGGAGCAGCUGCUGCAGCGCCAGCGUCGCACACCCAUCCUGGCGGGUUCGGGAUCUGGUUCGGUUUCGGGCACUGGAUCGGGCACGGGAUCGGGAUCGGGCAGUGUUAUCGUUGAUGCCGCCGGCCUGAGGCAGUACACCCAACUGUUGUUGGCCGGAGCCGCUGGGAGUGGUGUGUCCGAUCUGAAGGAGAAGAGCUCCUCGUCGUCCACCUCGUCCACGCCACCGCUGCUGUCGCAACAGCUCAGCCAGAUGCUGAAGAGUCCCUCGGACACGUGCUCCUCGCUCUUCAGCUCCUCGGGCGGCGGCACAGGAUCGGCCGGCCCCGUGGGCAUCAGCGGCGAAACAAUCGAGGAGGAGACCCGCUGCGUGGUGUGCAAUGCGCACUUCCCGAACGUCUGGCUGCUGGAGCAGCACGCCGCCCUCCAACAUCCCCACGUGGGACCCGGCGAGGAGAAGCCCUUCAUCUGCGAGCAGUGCGGCCAGUCGUAUCGCUAUCGCAGCGCCUACGCCAAGCACAAGGAGCAGAAUCACCGCGCUCGUCUGCCCGCCGACAAGCUCUUCACCUGCGACGUGUGCGGCAUGCAGUUCCGCUACCUGAAGAGCUUCAAGAAGCAUCGCCUGAACCACGCCCUCGAGCGGCUCCAUGGCAAGAAGAGUGUCGGCGUGAUCGGACGACUGGGCGUUUCCGGUUCCGGUUCCGGUUCGGUGCCGGGUUCCUCGGCGAUAUCCGUCACGGUGGCGCCGCCCGCUUCCGUGUCCGCCUCGGGUUCGGUGACGUCGGUGGACCAGGAUGUGGUCACCAGCUCGCAGGAGCCCAUGCUGGCCGACGAGGGCGAGGAUCUGCGGGUGAAUGUGAAGCGGGAGGGCGGCGCAGAUGAGCAGGGCGCCGAGUCGCGGGCCAACGACAUCGAGGAGCACGAACAGGACAACACCGUCGACUCCGCGGGCAUCACGAUGCUCUACCAGGACAACAACUCCUCGGCCUCGGCCUCCACCAGCGCCACCGAGCCGAACAUCAGCAGCUCCGACGGCAUUCAUAGUACAAACAAGCGGUCGCGCAUGCACCACUUGGAAACGGAUCCCUCCUACCCACACCACCAUCACCACCACCACCAUCACCAUCAGCAUCAGCAGCAUCAGCAGCACCACCAGCCGCAGCAGCACCACAAUCCGCAGUCGCAGUCACAGUCGCUGCCGAGCCACUUGGGCCACGUUUCACUGCCACUGGUGGCCACCUCGGCCGCCGGCUCCUCAUCCUCGGCGGCUGCCGCUGCCGUUGUGGCCGCUGCCCAGGCGCAGGCCAGUUCCGGCGGCAGCGGUAGCGGCGCCACCGGAAGCGGUGCACCCGGCAGCGGCAGCGUUGGCUCCGCAGGCAACUCCGCUGCAGGCGGCGGCGGCGGUGGCGGCAUCAGUUCCCUCAGCUCACUCACCUCGCUGAUCAACGCCGAGCGCAUUCCGAACGAGCAGUUCCUGGGACUCAAUCCGCAGGAGGCCUCCAUACUCAACUUCUUGCGCGUGGACGCCGCCGAGCGGCAGCGGGACAAGCGGCCUGCCACCUCGCGAUUCGCGUGCCCCUUUUGCGGCAAGUGUGUGCGCUCCAAGGAGAAUCUGAAGCUGCACGUGCGCAAGCACACCGGCGAACGGCCGUUCGUGUGCCUCUUCUGCGGCCGCGCGUUUGGUGGCAAGUCGGACCUCACCCGCCACCUGAGGAUCCACACCGGCGAGAGGCCGUACCACUGCGAGUCCUGCGGCAAGUGCUUCGCGCGUGCGGACUACCUGUCGAAGCACCUGACCACCCACAUCCACAAUGCGCCGCGCUGAGAUGAGGCGCGUAGGAGACGGCUCCUACGCAGAUAAGGAACCAGCUCCAGGAUCAGCCACACUCACACACACACACACACACACGCACACACACACACACACUAAAUACAGGAUGUAGUAUGAUGUAUAAAUCCAAUUAUUACUAGAAGCUCUACGAUUAGAUCGAUGUAACCCACACAUUUGUUCGCAAGUGAAUUUUUUUUUUUUUUUCUUUGUGUGGUGCGCAAGCUAGAGAAAAACAAAAUUAAGGGCAACUAAUUAGCACGGGUAUUAAAGUGUUUAAGAUUCUGCAUAUACACCUAUCUCUCUAAAAACAAAAACAUAUAUAAAUAUUAUGUGUGAGUAAGGCGAUUGUAAGACGAUUAUAAUUACGCAUUAUAAUUAUUAUCGUAGCACAAGGAUUAGGUUUUUUUCUACAACUAUGAUUAAGUGUCGAUGCGUACGAAAUGCGACUUGGUUCUGUGAGACAAAUUAUUUCGAAUUUCGAACACAAAUUUAACGAAACAGCCACAAAACAAAUAGCAUCAGACAUUGCAAUACCAAUACAAAUACCAAUACCAAUACCAAUUAAACAAAAUAGUCUGUAUUUUCUACCGCAACAAAGGGAAUGGAGAAGCAGCAUCUGCCGUUGAUAUACACAAUAGAUAAAAUAUAUUUAAUUUUACACCGAUCUAUAGAAGCUAACUAGCAACAAUUUGUACAAAACUAAGUAACGAGUAAAGAGUAAAAACCAAGCAAGCGAGAGGAAACUAUGUAACUUUGCAAGGAUCAAUGCAAUAACUAAGUAAACUCUGUUACCUACCACAGAAAACAAUAAGCGAUAUGGGAUUUUAGUUAUGGGAACUAAGCCAACCACUAAAUACUACUGUGUAAAACAAUGUUUCAACGAUUUAUGUUUCGGUUCACCGAUCUACAUAUGUAGAUAUACAACUACAUAUAUGUUCAGAAUGGGAGGCGUAGUUGGUUUAUAGGAUUAUUGUAAAGCUAGGAGAUACGAAUGGGAUCUACCACCGUCAAUAGUUUAAUUUAUAUACAAAACAAAACAAAUCAAAUCAAAGCGAAGCGCAGCAAGGCAAAUCAAAACUAAAUACAAACAUAGCAACAAUUAACAAUUAACAAUUACCAAUAGCAAUUACAAUUUAAACUGCAACUGCAAACGGCAACUACAACAACACAAAACUAACUGUGAUCACAACAAGAAAGCAACAUUGAAGUUUUAACUUUAACUAACCUACAAACAAAAGCUGAACAGGCAAGCAUAGUUUAUAGCGAUGGCAACCAUGGCAAGCAAUAGAGAAACUGGACGGUGCUGGCAACCCUGCAGCUGCUGCAUCGUCCAUCCGCUGGAAACGAAAUGUGCAAUUAAACAAUAAAAACAAUAAACUAGGGAAAGUCCAAACAUGAUUUCUCAACCGAUAUUUGCUUCAUUUUUAACAACUUAGUUUAGCAGACACACACACACACAUACACACACAAACAGGAAAAUCAAAAAACAAAUACAACAACAAACAACCUUGAAUCAAGAACAUCGAAUUAAAGUGUAAAAAAAGGGAAAAAUGAAGAAAUGAAUCCAAAAAACUCAAAUGCGUAGAAGAGUAGAAUUCAAAGUUUUUUGUAUUUAAUAAAUGUCUAACGCAAUAAGAAGAGAGUAAUGGGAAUUGCCGUACCAAAAAAAAAAGAAGUUAAGUGGAAAGUGAAAUAAACAAAAACACUGAGAACAAAUCAAAGUAAAGUGGUAGAAGUAAAGUAAAUGAAAACUUUCACUGUGCCAAAAAGUUUCAAGUACCUCAUAAUUUAACUAAAUAUUAAAGAGAAGCAACUAAACCACACCGAAAACAGCCCACACAAUCCACACACAAGCAGUCCACACACGAUCCACACGAUCCACAUACCCCAAAUAAUAAUUAUACAAACAUACAUACAUAUAUCCCGUAACGAAAUGAGUCUAGACAGGAAUUGUCAAAGCGUAUGAUUACAUAGAAGCUGAAAGCUGAAAGCGAAGCGUUAACUAAUCCUAAUUUACCAACCGGAGAGGGCUAGAGAAUAGUUAGUUAGAUACAGCUAGAGAUAGGGAUAGCGAUAGACCUAGAGAUAGGGACGGAUAUAGAAUAGAGACAGAGACAGAGAGAGAUGGCGAUGGCGAUGGCAAUGGCAAUAGCGAUAGCAAGAGAGAGCGAGACAGAUAGAAGCCGAUUCAGCGCAUGUGGAGAUCUACCAUCCAAAGGGGAUCCACACGCAUCGUAUAUCGCAUAUCGUAUAUAGUAUAUCGUAUAUCGUAUAUCGCAUAUCGUAUGUGCUGGGAUCCCCGAUUAUUUCGAUUAUUUUUUGUAAUUUAUUUAUGCUCCAGCAAACACAGUUCUGCCUACAAUUUCUCUCCAAACUUAAGUGUUCAAUCUUAGCGAAUAUGUAUGUACAUAUAUAUAUUUGCCUUGGAAUGUAUAUGAUUAUGUGAUAGUUUAACUAAUUAACUGCACCCCUUGAGUUAUUCCUUUUUAGCAACAACCAUACAUACUUUGUAGUGAAAAGACAACAAAUCACUUGAUUUUCUCUAAAAAUAUGCAUAGAAGUAUAAGUAAGUUUUUUCAAUUUCAAUUGUGUCAGUAUGUGAACCGUCAAAGAUCAGGGCCUCUAGCAAAUGUUAUAGUUUUAGUUCAUUAUUAUUAUUAUUAUUAUUAUAAUCUGAUGUGAAUUUUUGAGUGAAACUAAUUAUAGAAUCACCAACUUUUGGUUCUCGAUUUCUCCUUGAAUUACUAUUUAUUUUCCAACUACAACUACACUGCAACUGCAACUGCAACAACAAACAAAAAUCAAACACUGCCUUUUGUAAACACACAAAACAAAAAAAACCAGCAAGUAUAAUGCAAAAUUUGUAAUCCUAAUUUUUUAAGUUACGCUUUUUUUCAAUUUUAAUUUUAGAUUUUUUUAUGUUCACAUCACAAAUGCCGAUAAUCGAUUUGAAAAACUCUGUUUUACUUUACUUUUAUUGUUUCAAGCUCUACGUUAAGUUUUUAAGCACAAUAACUAUUACGAUAACAACAAAAACAAAAACAACAACAACAACAAGCUGUGAGCUGUGUAUGUGAAUGAACUAUUUGUAUGAAUAUUACUACAGUUAUGACACUCUUAUUAUUAUCAAAUUUUUUUUGGAAACACUUAUUAUUUUGGAAUUAUUAUUUGAUAGUAUUUAUU